UCAGUUUCUGUGUGAGAACUGACGGACAAAGGAAUUUUCAACCUUUUGGGGUGACCAGUGUAUAAAGAUAUCUUUUUCAUUUUGCUGAACCAAAACCAGUGUACAGACUUUUCCUCUUGUUUACUAGGGCUGGGACAAUACAACUUUUUCUAUAUUGACAUAAACAGCAAAAAUGUGGAGGAUCCAGCAGUUACAAGUGUGUAUGGUUUUGAUGACAUGCUGGUUGGCCUAUGUUUUCUGUGAUUCAGAUGAUUUUGAUUUUGACAGUUCAAACUCAGAGUUUGAGUCAAGUUACAAGUCAGUGAGGAAUGCCACCAUCUCCAUUGCGUCAAUAAUUGGUAUUAUAACAGGACUGAUUUUUCUUGGGAUCGUUAUUGCCAUCAUUGUUAUAUGCUGUUGUUGUAUGAAAGGACGACGAUCAGCUGGCCAUGUAUACAGACAACCAGCAAACCAAAUGACAGUCACCACCACAACACAACAGGCAUACCCUGGACAGUAUCCCCCUCAGCCCUACAAUCAGUACCCUCAGAAUCAGUACCCCGCUCAGGGGUAUGUACAGCACCCACCCCCACCCCAGAUGGGAUACCCACCUGUCCAGCAAGCACCGCCUAUGACAGGGUACGGCUAUCCUCCACAGGACAGUAAAGCUGUACCCACAGCACCACCAGCAGAUGAUGGCUACUCCCCUUACCCAGCAAAUUCCCAGCAACCCCCACCCUACCCCAGCAAUUAAAAAUGAGUUCAGAGUGUUUAAGAUCUGCAUGUACUUGUGAUAUGUUUAGAAAAGAAUGUCAUGUUUUUUAAAUAAUUUUUUUUUGUAUUGUUAUAGUCAAUAAUAUUUGAAGAUUGAACAUUUAGAAAUCAAACAUUUAUUUAUGGAUUUUAUUGUAUAUUCAUCUAAUUCUGUACUUUAAUUUAUUUGCUCAUUACCUGGCCCUGCGAUCAUGAAAUGGACUUAAGUCAAAAUUUUAAUCAUCCAUAAAAUGUUUAUUACUUGAGAACCAAAUCUCUUAAUUUGCAUGCAACAGCAAUUUAUUGAUGCAAAGUGAAAAAGCAUUUUCAUUUUGGACUGCUUCAUUUCUAAACCAUUUCAGUGCAAUUUACAUUUUUUGGCUUAAGUUGUUUAAUGAUCCUUUGACCUAUAGUGCACUUUACAGUAUAUUUCUACCAAAGUGUUUUAAUUGUAGUAUACAUGUAGAAGACAUCAUUCUUUUGUACAUGACACAAAAACACAUAAGAGUUCUAAAAUUUUGAAUAAUGUCACUUGAAUACUCAAUUUUUAAUGCACCAUGGAAUUGGUUGAUUCCAUAAUGUUGAUUUUUACCACGAACAAAAAUUAAAAUCAAUAUAUUUACUUAUCUAAUUAAUACUCAGUAUUUUGUUUAUUGUUUUUUCUUCUUUCAUGUAUCAUU